CUCAUUCGAAUCAUCUCUUCUCAAAUAUUCAUCAUAUUUCUUCAAUUUCUUGCUAUUUUUUGGUCACAAAUCUUGCAAAUCUUCUCUCCAUUUGAUUACAUGGCAGGAGGUCAACGAAAGAGAUCCCACACCAGCAAGAACGUGGCUUCUUCCUCGACUCCUCCACCAUCGACACACAAGUACCUCAACGGGUCGUUCCUUUGGUUCAACGACCGCACAGAGGCUACGAGGUUCUCGGAGAAGUUUGAGCACCGGGAGAUUCUUCCUCCCCGGUUCUCCACCGGCCGAUUCAUUCACAGCGCCAUCCCUCGCGAGGCACGGGUUAUCCACGAGCGUGGACGCUUCCUCGACCUCCUCUACAUCAAGAAGAAUGACUACCACCCUUUUCUUGUUCGAGCCUUCUUCUCGAACUUGAAAAAGGAUGAGGACGGUUCGUUGAUUUCCAACAUCAACAGGGUGGAGAUCUAUUUGAAUGAGGAGAACAUUCAAAUUCUCACCGGGCUUCGUCGGGACGGACAGGAUCUUGGCCUCUAUGUGGGAGAAGAGUGCGCGGUUCAACGAAACCACCCAUUUGGAGCUAGUUAUGAUGAUUGGAAGAUCAUGAUGGAAGCACAUCUUUACGCUCUACAUGACUGCAUGUGGAUGGUGCUUGAGGAUGGACCCCUGAAAAUCCAAAUGGAGAAUCCUAAGAGGAAUCCAGAAACUCCAGAUGUAGUCCGGUACAUUCCAAAGCCCAAGGAAAAAUGGGAUGAUAGAGAUUGCAAAAAGCACAAUCUGGACAACGUCGCCAAAGCAGCCAUCUUCAAGACACUUGAUCCCAUCACCUUCUCCAAAAUCAAGCAUCUCAAGACUGCCAUGGAGAUAUGGCAAGGUCUUGGGAAGCUGUGUGAGGGAUCAGAAGACCUGAGAAAGCAGAAGAUAGAAGUCCUGCUUGAGAAGUUCAAAAGCUUCAAAAUGCUUCCCGGAGAAUCGUUUGAUAUGUUGGAUGAAAGAUUCCACAAAAUCCUGAACGAUCUUGCCUCACUUAACCACGUUCUUUCUCCCAAAGAAAAGAAUGUAAGGUUACUGAGAUCACUUCCAACCGAGUGGUAUACCAAAGCCACAACCAUGGAAGAAGGAAGAAACCUGGAAAACUACACUGUCCAAGGUCUCCUUGAUGAGCUCAGAACCUAUGAGCACGAGCUGAAGAAGAAGAAGGAAGAACAAGUCACUCCCUUCCCCACGGCACUGAUGACAACUCCAAAAGUCCCAUCAAGUGAAGGGAGAUGCCCAAGGAACUGUGACAUACCCUCCUCCAGCCAGCCGUCAAGCUCAAAAAUGGAGAACUACGAUGAGGAAUUCGCCAUGAUGGUCAAGCAAUUCCGGAAGUUCAAGAAGUUCUUCAAGAAGGCUGACUCAGUCAGAAGGCCAUCCAAGGGAAAGCCACAGGUAAGUGACUCCCCUCCUGAAUCUUAUCUGUGUUAUAACUGCAGGAAGCCUGGCCACUGGAAGUCAGCAUGCCCGUACCCAAAGGUGGAGAAGUACGGAGAAAGAGAAAGGAACGAGAAGAAAAAGAAGGCAAUGGUUGCUGCUGAAAGUGACGAGUCAUCCAGCUCAAGCUCAGAUGAAGAAGCUCUCGUCUGCAUGGAGCGCAGAGUUGAGAAGUCCAACCAUGAGGAUAGAUGGACUAUGUCAGAAGAUGACACUCUCUGCCUAAUGGCCAAAGAUGAUGCUGAUCAAGAGAUGAUGGUAGAUUUUGAGGAAAUAAAUCUCAAACAUUCAUCCUUAACAGAGGAGAACAAACUACUGAGUGAAGAGAAUCUCAAGUUGACUGAAGGUCGGAAAAGUCAACUGAAUGAGAUCACUCAACUCAAGACUGAAAACGAAUCUCUCUCUGAAAAGGUGAAAUCCCUUAACAAAGAGCUAGGGAUACUUAAGUCUAAAGAGGCAGUGGAUAAGCUUCUUGAAACGACCAAACAUAAGGGUCGUGAAGGACUUGGGUUUGACCCCUCUAGUUCCAAAAGGAAAGGGAGAACAACUUUCAUCCCUCCUAAACCUACUGCUAAACCAAAUAAGCAGAAAGGAAAGGAAAAGGAGAAACCAACAGAAGUUCCCAAAAAGGAAGCCGCUAAGUACCCAGGUGUCUGGUACUUAGACAGUGGCUGCUCAAGACACAUGACGGGUGAUGCGAGCCUUUUGAGCAAUCUAAUUCCCUAUGAUGGUCCAAGAGUUACUUUUGGAGGAAGCAAUGAUUUUGGCCUUACUAAAGGGCUAGGAAAUCUGGUGUACAAGGGACUAACCAUCCAAGCUGUAUCUUAUGUUGAAGGUCUCAAUUAUAACCUUCUUAGCAUAAGUCAGUUCUGUGAUAAAGGUUACUCCUUGGAAUUCUGCAAGGACAUGGCAUCUCUCAAGAACAUAUCCACAAAUUUAGGAAGAGAAUUGAAUAGGCGAAAGAUUAAACUUGCCUAUGGAGGAGGUAGUGUUGGCCUUCAAGGAGAUGUUGCUUCAACAGUUUUUACUAAUGGUGGUCUCGUUAGAGGUUUCAUUCCUGGGUACAUAGCAACACGAGGCGUCUAUGGACCUACGUAUGGUGUAGAGCAUACAGUUUCUAGCAACUAUUACAAGUACUUCGAGAUGAAUCAUGCCGUGGAAGCUUUCAUUGUUCUUCCCGGAGGAGUUGACACUAUGGAAGGGGAAAAAAGAGCUGGUGCUAGUGCCACUGCAGAAGAAAGUUCUUCAGAUAACAUCCCACUCAUCCAUAUGACGAAGACUGCCAAAAGGAAGAAAGUGGUGUCUCCCUCCAUUGAAGCACCACAGAACCUUGCCUUGAUCUAUUUGGAAGAAGAAGAAGAAGUCUCUGACCAUGGAGAACUUCAAAAGAAGAAGAAGAGGAAGUUCAACUCUCCAUCAACAUCUGGAAAUGUCAAUCCGGAUGAGUUGAAGGAGAAGGAACCUGAUGAGGAAACCUCUGCCCAAAACCGGAGCCCUCAACAACUUGAAGAAGAAACUCCUCAAGCCCAAAGCCUUCCAGCCUCAUCUCAGCCUCAAACAGAUGAUGCUGAAAACAAAUUCUGGCAGCUCUACUAUAAUUGGAGAGCUUUGAAAGUUGGAAAUUCAGAAGAACAACUGUUGGAUUGGGAUCAACAACUGGAAAUUUCAGACUGUGAAGUAGAUGAUGAAGACACUGCAGUCUUCAAGCCAGUCCUCUCAAAAGCUACAGAAGAUCAAGUGGCUCUCACUUCUGAAGCACAUGCUACUUUGGAAGCAACAGCUGAGGAUUUCCAAACAUUUCCGGAAACCUCACCUGCCUUCGAAACGGAAACCUCACCUGCAUUUCAGGAAACUUCACAUGCUUCUGAAAUGGUUCUGACUGAAGUUGUACAAGAGAAGGCAACCUCUCCCCCACAAGGACAGAACCAGGAAACAGCAGCAGAAGAAGAAAUUCAGCAACUAAUCCAAUCUCAAGUUUUAGAGAUUCUCACAACUCCUGUGCAAAGGAACUCUGGAGAAGCUGAAAAGGAAACUCAAAUGGCAGAAGUGGAGGUCUGUCAAACUCCAGUAGCCAUUCUUGAAGAACAGAAUGCAGAAGAAGAAAGAGACUCCCUCUCUAGGGGUAUAUCAAAUUUUGCGCUUGAUGAAGCAGAAGGUGAAUCUGAAAGAACAUUGAAGGUCACUGAUGAAGAAGAUGUACAAGAAGAUGCUGAAUCUCUUCCUUUGCAACUCUUCCAAAGAACAUCAUCUCCUCAUCAGGUAACAAAUUUUCAUUUCCAUAUCUCUUCCACUCCUACCCUUCCGGAUGAGAUACCGGAAAUCUGGACAAAGAAGGUCCAAGGGCAGAUUGAGUCAGCCCUAGCAUCUCAACAUGCCUCCUUUAGGCAAGAGGUAGAGCAAAUGGAAGCCAAGUACACUCAACUGCUAGAGAAAUUAGAAGAAAAACACAGCGCAGAUCUCAAAGAAAUAGGUAAAUCAGUAGACAAGACUCUAGAGAUCAUCUCUCUAUUGAGUGACACUGUGAGCAACACUAUGGAAGUAUAUGCCUCUGAUAGUCAACUUCAAUUCAAAGAAUUCAACAAAGUCAAAGAGCAAAUAGCGAGUGUCUUAGUUGGUCUUCAAAAACAAAUGUCCCUUCUUCAAAUGGACAUCAGAUCAGCCCUAGCAGUAGCUUCAGCAAAUCAGGUAGUAAUCAAAGACUACUUGAAGGUGAUAAUUGACAAUCAGAAGGAAGCAUACAAGCUGUUCAGACUUAUUGGCGCAAAUUCUGGGAACUGCAAGAUGGAAGUGAUUCUCCAACAGCACAGCCCAUCUCUAAUACCACAGCUCCCUAUUGCAGUCAAAGAAGGAGAAGCAUCUUAUAUCCCUACUCAUCUGAACAUGACAAAUCUAAUCCUUGAAGCACAGCAAAGAAAUCCGGAAAACUCAGCCUAGCAUCUAUCCAGCUCAGGACUGGAUGGAACAGAAUUUAUAGGUACAGUUGUUGACCACUUCUCAAAUGAUGCUCAAUGAGAGGAAAGGCGUGAAAAUUUAAGGCGCAUCAAAGAACUCUGUGGAAACAUGCAGGGCAUCAGUGAGGUUGCCGGAUCUUCAAAACGCAAGAGAAAUUGAAGGUUCUUUUCAUCAAACCAGGGGGAAAGUAUGUGAAUACACUAAUUUGUUUUGA